AUGCCUGGACACAACCAGUCUUCGGCGUCCAACGAAGACACGCAGCAACAUGAAGCUCUCGCGAUAAGGGCAGGAGAAAGAGGUUCAUCUGUAUUCUCGUUAAGGCAGCAGCUGACGUCAUUAUUUUGCCCGCAGGUUGUUCUGGUAGCCGCGUUGGCCGUGACGGCCUUCGCCAGCGAGGAGAAGGCCGCUAAACCAGCGGCGGUCGAAGAUAAGAAGCAGGAGAAGCGGGGCAUCUACGACACCGGGUCCUACGGCGGCGGCUACAGCGAUGGUGGCCACGGGUUCAGCGGAAGCGACGAGGGCCAGGGCUACGGAGGCCAGGAGAGCUACGGCGGGCAGGAGGGUGGCUACGAGAUCAGCCAGGGCCACGGCUACGGCCAAGGCGGCUACGGCCAAGGCGGUUACGGCCAGGGAAGCGGUGGCGAGUUCGGCGGCAUCUCCGGCGACUCCUGGAAGCCCAUCUCCAGCGACGAGGGCCACGGCCACCACGAGCACGUGAAGACCAUUGAGGUCGUGAAGAAGGUGCCCGUUCCAUACACCGUCGAGAAGCACGUGCCGUACACCGUAGAAAAGAAAGUCCCGUACGAGGUGAAAGUGCCCUACCCGCAGCCGUACACCGUCGAGAAGAAAGUGCCGUUCACGGUCAAGGAGUACGUCAAGUACCCGGUCUACGUGCCCGAGCCCUACACAGUCGAGAAGAAGGUACCUUACGAGGUGAAGGUCCCCGUCGACAAGCCGUACGAGGUCAAGGUCAAAGUGCCCACCCCCUACACCGUCGAGAAGAAAGUGCCUUACGAGGUGAAAGUGCCCGUACCGCAGCCCUACACCGUCGAGAAGAAGGUACCAGUGCCCGUCAAGUACGAAGUCAAAGUGCCCCAGCCCUACGAGGUGGUCAAGAAGGUGCCUUACGAAGUGAAAGUGCCAGUCGACAGGCCAUACAAUGUGUACGUGCCCAAGCCUUACCCGGUCACGGUGGAGAAGCCGUACCCAGUGACUGUCAACAAGCCGGUGCCCUACGAAGUCAAGGUCCCAGUGGACAGGCCCUACAAGGUCGAGGUGGAGAAACCCUACCCCGUGCACAUUAAGGUGCCGGUGCCCAAGCCGUACGACGUCUACAAGAAGGUUCCCUACACCGUCGAGAAGAAAGUGCCCUACGAAGUCAAAGUGCCCAUCGACAAGCCGUACCCUGUGUACAAGGAGGUGCCUGUUCCCCUGGUUAAGGAGGUGCCGUACCCCGUGAAGGUGCACGUGCCCCUUUACUUCCAGAAAGAAGUGGAGCACCACGGCCACCACGGCUGGCAC